UGGGAUGGCAACCCGCAAGACAGCGCCAAAAGGUAAAAAACCCAGGACGGGUUUGCGGUCCCAGGGGAAGGUGGUGGCUGAAAAGGAUGUGGCCUGGGAUUCAAUGGAAUCUACGGAGGACGAAGAGGCAGCUACAAGGCUUCCUGAAGCAUCAGCAAAGGCCAGUUCACCACAGACCAAACCCUUCACAGCCGGUGAAAUGUCUGGUGAAGGAAUGGUGUCUCUGAUGCGCAAAUUCCUGGACGCACAAGAGGAGAGGGAAGAGAGAUAUCUGCGAGAGCUCCGUGGUCUACGAGAAUCCAUCGUACAGUCAGCACGGCCUGCAGAGACCUCGUAUGACAUGGAUGAUCUGCGGAUGGACCUACCAACUCCGGCAGCACAGAGAGGGCCUACACGAGACAGACAAGCACAUGUCCUAGACUCCACAAAUGUCCCAGCACCAAGUCAGCCAAUGCAGCGGUCUAAACCAAAAAUGCCAGCCUUCCAGCAGGGGGAAGACAUCGAAAACUAUCUUCGGCGGUUCGAGCGGUUGGCCAGGACCUGGGGGUGGCCUGAGCAGGAGUGGAGCUUUCGACUUGUCCCGUUGCUGACAGGGCAGGCACUGGAGGCAUACUUAGCGAUGGAUGAGGAGAAGGCAGAGGUGUAUGCUGAUCUAAGGGAGGCACUGCUGGAGAAAUUUAACAUCUCACCAGAAACUUACCGCCAGCGCUUCCGAGUGUCCUCUGUUCCAGCGGGAGAGUCACCAACAGAAACUUACCAUUGCUUGAGGAAUCUGUAUCGACGAUGGAUACGACCUGAGGAGCAUACUAAAGAGGAGAUUGGUGAGGCUGUUAUCCUGGAGCAGCUUCUUCGUGUACUCCCGUAUGAUACUCGCACAUGGGUACGGGAGCAUGAGCCGAUGACAGGCCUGGCGGCAGCAAAGCUGGCUCAACAGUACAUGAAGGCUCACAGGGGAGGCCUGCACACUCAACCACCAAGAGUUACUGUACGUUCUGUUUCUGAUCGCUCUGGGGCUGAAGCUGAGAAAAGUCGUGCUGAUCGUACAGACCAUGCACAAGGACAAAAAUCAUCUGUGGGCAAGGGACUAAUUUGUUUUUAUUGCCAACAGCCCGGACACAAAGCAUCAGUGUGUCCUGUGCGAAAAGCAAAAUUGACUGGAUUUUGUUAUGUUCCCAGAGAGGAAGACAAUGUUAGAGACUCUGUAGAGGAGAGUCAAAAUAUGUGUAAGGUGACAGUCAAUGGACAUUCUUUGCAAGCUCUUUUGGACACUGGUAGCACUCUUUCUCUUUUAAAACCAUGUUUUGUGCCAAAUGUAAAUUAUGUAAACACUACCGCUGUUCAAUGUGUACAUGGGGAUGUAAAGCAGUACCCUAGAGCUGAAGUCGUUGUUGAGGUGUAUGAUCAAUUGUACUUGUUAAAUGUUGCCAUAAUUGAUAACUUACCAGCUGACAUGAUUUUGGGUCAAGACUUACCAGUACUAAAUGAUCUGUUACAAACCACCAAAAACUCUGAAACUGCUACUCCCUCUGCCAUUGUUGAAAUGUCAUGUCCUGUUGUCACCCGGGCACAAGCCAAGGCAGGUCUGCAGCCACUGCCGGACUUGGACAGUAGUCUGUUGCAGGGCAGCACUAAGGGCCCUAGGAAUACACGCCGACAGCGGCGUCUAGAGAAGUACAUGGGCACCCCCAGUCUCUAAGACCUCUGUGGAUGGUCUUCAUGUUGUGGCUGGAGGAUUCCGGAGGACAUUGCGAAAUUACAAAGGGAGGAUGAGUCUUUAAAAUCACUCUUUGAGAAGGCAGGGUGUGAAAAUGCAGCUAAUCUGUGCAAUGAAAAAUAUGUUGUGUUGAAUGGAGUGUUGUAUUUGCAGACAAAUGAUGUGACACGUCUAGUUGUUCCAACAUGU